CUGCCUAUCGACAGCACGCCAUCAUUGCAGACUUUUCAUUGUGUUUGGCCCGCGUCCUCAUCUACGACCGUCUAUGUAUCUGACCAUCGUCGUGGUCCGCGAUUCGAACCGUUGUCCCGUCUGGUUUGCCCGCGACUCGAAACCACUCUGAACCAUGUGUAUACUCGUCGACUCUGUCAUUACCAGUCUGGGUCUCCAUUCCCCCGUCUAGCAACAAACAUUUGGCACGCGUUUCUUUUCCUUCGCCGUCAUGACUUACUGCAUCUAAUUCGACCAUCGAUCAAUCCGUCGACUCAUACUAAUCUUCCAACGGUUCAAAUGGUCCCAAUCCAUACACAUGUACAUGGCCCGGGACCUGCCGUGCAACCUGCAGGGUCGCCUGCACACCAAUAUAGUGGUUGCAGGACGAUAAUAAUAACAGUACUAUGUACAUGCAUGUGUUUACAUCACUAUGGAUACUUGGGUACUGACCGUUGCUAUUAUCCUCCUACAUAUUAG